AUGGCAGUGGAUCCCCACAGGCUGACCUGGGAGGUGGCCCCAGUGGAGGAUGAGCGCAUGCAUCCGGUGCUGAACCGCAUCGACAAUCUGCUCCGGGCGGGGCUGACCUCGGUGAUGGUGGUGGCCGACUACCUGCGCCGCCGUCUAGUGCCCCUGCGGGAACGGGCCCAGUUCGCCUGGAUGUACAUGGGCCCGAACGACAUCACGAGGACCCACAUUGGCGCCGAAGGGGACUUGGAAGAGGGAGCGCUGGCGACCCUGCUAAGGGUGGUGACCGGCGUCGAGGACCUCACCCGGGCGGUUCUUCCCCAAGAGCAGCUGGUGCUCUGCACGGACCUGGGCUGGGUGGCACUAGACGGGCGGCGGACAGCAGACCGGCGGUGGGGACGCCGCGGGCGGCAGGCCGCAGACAGGUGCAGGGGCGCUGCGAGCGGUAGGCAGCAGGCUGGCCGUAGAGAUGCUGCAAGCAGCAGCCAUCAAGCCGGCAGCAGGGGCACCGCCGGCAGCGGAGCGGAGGCCCCGGGGGACAAAGGGAAACGCACCCGGUCGUUCGUGCCCCAACCGUCAUCCUCGUCGUCGCCGUCGCCUCCACGACAACUACCGGCGACGGGCGACGCGAAGGAGGGAGCCCGGGGCGGCCAAUCAUCGGGUGCAGAGUCCGGGACGGAGGCCAGGUCCAGGGCGCGGGAGCCCGAGGACCAGGGCCGGGCCAGCGGCGCGACAGUGGGCGCCCGAGCCGACCUGCCGCCAGAGGCAGGCUCCACGGCGACCCCUCAACCCCCCGGGGGCCAGAGACCUCCGCCGAAGAGGAGAAAGGCGGAUCCCGGGCCGAAGCCGCAGGGCCCGGACUUCAGAAUCCCCGAGUCCCGGUGGCAGUACCGCGAACCGAAGUCCAUGCCGCCCAAGGACCCCGCCGGAGGCCAGAGGCAACCAGAGGAGCUGAGGUCGGCUCCCGUUCUCGGGCCAAGCGCGCCUACCCCAGAGCCGAGUGCGCUGGUGGACCCGGAGCCGCAGGCACCGCCUUGCCCUGAGCCGAGGGCAGCGGCCGCACCCGAGCAGCCAGCGCCGUCUGAGCCCGCCCCGAGCACUCUGAGGGCGGAGCAAGUGGCCGCGGUGGAGGUGGUCGCGGCGAGGGCGGCGCUGAUGUGGCAGUUGUCAGAGACCCCGAGCGCCUCCGCAGAGAAGGCUUGCAGGGGACCCAGCACCUGA